UUCAAUUUCUCACACUCCCUUGCUUCCCAAGCAAACCUCACUCUAAAACUUUAAACCCUGCAAUUUUUCUCUCUCCUCUGUUUCAUUCAUCUUCUACGAUUACUUACCCUUGUCUAACAACAACACAAUUAUGCAUUUGGGUUUUCUUAACAACUCUAACUCUGAUUAGGGUUUUGUUUUACAAUUUGUCAGUAAAAUACUUCUAUUCUUUAUUAAAAAAAGAACUCUUUUUUCAAGAUUUUUCUGUGAUCAAUGACGAAGUUUGUUAACUCGUUCGCUUUACUCGACGAUGAAGAAGGCGAUGACGUCGAAGUUCUUGUCGAUCGCAUUGUCAAGAAGGUUGAAAUCCCUUUGAUCCAUCCUCAAAAUGGCAGAGAAACUUCGGAUUUUGUUGGAAAUGAGAAUGGUGGUAGGAGAGGAGGUCAAGGAAGCGGUGUGAAUGGAUAUGGUGGAAACGAUGAUGUUCAGGGUGGUCAUUGGAAUGGUCAUAGAAGAAAUUAUAGUAGAGAUUCUUAUGGAAGCAGGGAUGGCUUUAAAGAUGAUGGACAUAAGCGUGGAGAUGGUAGAAGCCGUGGUAGGCAACAAGGCCGUGGAAGGGGCAAUGGUGGUGACGAUGGGACUCACAAUGUGAAUGAGGCUGACGAACAAAAUGAUGAUGGUGGCUGGCAGGAUGUUUCAAAGAGUCAUGGGAAGGGUCACUAUGCUAACUAUGGCUCCUCAUUUGGAGAUGAGCAGAGGAAAUCCCGAAAUGGGAAUCGGGGCUAUGACGGUGAGAGGAGAGGUUAUGAGGAUCAAGUGCAAGAUAAUGAUGCUGGAAAUGGGCAGAGGAGGCACAGAAAUGGGAAUUGGAAUCAUGACGGUGAGAGGAGAGGUUAUGAGAAUCAAGCUCAAGAUAAUGAUGCUGCAAAUGGGCAGAGGAGAUACAGAAACGGAAGCUUGAGUUCUGGUGGUGAGAGGAGAGGUUAUAGGAGUCAGGUGCAAGAUAAUGACGCUGGCUCUGAACUGCUCGAUGGAGGGCUUGUAAAUGGAGACAAUAAAUUCAGAGGUGAUGACAGGACAUACGGAAAUGGAAAUCAGAACUAUAGCGGUGAGAGGAGAGGUUAUGGUGGAUACAGCGGAAGAGGUAGACUUGAGUACCAAAAGACUGGUAGUGGUGAUCAGAAGGAGAAUGGUAAUUCUGAUUAUGCAAAUGAUGUCAAAUCGGACAAUGUAAAUGGUUCUGGAGGUGAUGUUGCUGUGGUCCUGGAAGCCUCAAAUGAUGCAGAAACUGAAGAAAAUAACACUUCUUGUGAGAAGGUCAAUGGGAAUAUUAGAGACGCAGAAGAAGAGACAAAAGAGCAAAAAAAGGAACAGUUUGAAGAUCCAAAACUGAAGAAGAAAGAGGAGGAAGAUAUGGAAUCUAAACUGAUGACUCUCGAUCAAUAUGAAAAACUGCUCUUAGAGAAGAGGCAGGCACUGGAGUUUCUGAAGACAGAAGAGAGGAAAGUGGCUAUUGAUAAGGAAUUGGAGGGAAUGAAACUGAUUAAGAAAAAGCAGGACCUUAGCGAUGACGAACAGAAAUCUGUCAAGGACAAGCUGAAGAUGAAAGAUAGUCUUAGGAAGACAGAAGCCAAUAGAAUGGUUAUCGAGACUGAAGUGGAUGAUAGUGAUGCCAAGCUGAAUUCUAAGGAAGAGAAGCUGAAGAAGGAAGGAAGCCUUGAGAAGAAGGAAAAGGGUCGUAAACUUGCGGCUGUUGAGGUAAAUGACUUUUUCAAGCCAGCUUUCCGUCAUAGGAGUUUUGGUGGAAGGGGGCAAGGGCGUGACAGACAUGGGCGUGGUGACCAAGGUGGCUUCAAUGACCGGGCCAAUGGUGUUGGGCAUCAAACUAAUGGUGAUGGUGCUGUGCCUACACCUGCAACUGCACCACCACGUCGACGUACACGUGCACCAUUGCGCAUUCCAACCGACAAAGACUUUCCUGUCCUGGGUGCUGCUCCUGCUCCUGUGAAUGGCUCGGCUUAGUUUUGGCUGUACUUAUUAUCUAUAGAUAGUUAUAUUGGUCCUAACUCCGUAGUUGGAAUCCUAGGCUUUUUGCUUAAGCAUCAUAUUUUAUGGGGGGUAGGAGGCCAGGAGAGGUCCUUGGGGUUGCAAUACCUUCAGUUGGGUUAACUUGAUACUCUUUCUUCUCAAGCUUUUUAGGAGUAUAUAUAUGUUUUUCCAACAAUUUUGGUUAUGACUUAUGAGCUAUCUAUGAUGGUUUGCGCA